ACCUAAGCGUUAUUACAACUUAUAGGUAAACGAAUUGAUAAAAUUUCGUGCCUGUGCAUGAAGCAGCGCGACCACAAUUUACAGGUCUUCGCGAUUUAGAUUUUUCUGGGUUAAUUAAGAUCGCUGAUCGAUCCUUCGCGCCAUGCACAACAAAGCUGACGUUGAACUUAAAACUUUCGUCAAAAAUAUUUUACGCAUUUAAUUCAAGUAAUAGGUACAUUGUUCACUCGAAAAAUUUCACGAAUUCCGCAGCAUCAGCGAUAUGGAAUUCACAUUUGAUCAAUGAUUCAAGGGAGUACAACAGCUAAUUGCCCCGCCAAGAUGAUAUUACCUGAACAAUUAAUUUUUUUCAAGCUAGCAUCGAAUUCCUUACUGGGAUGCUUCAACAUUUAAAUGAAGCCUUUUCUUUUUUAUGCGAGUCUGAAUUUAGAUUGCCACACGACCUGUAGGAUGAUGAUGAGGUGUAGUACCUAGAAAUUAGUGGUCAGAUCAAUCGGCAUUAUAGGCAACAGAGCGACGCACACGCCAUGUUUUAGUGGGUAGCUGUGCAUGCAAGCCAUAUGGAAUGAUACUCUCAAUCAUAUUUUUCAGACAAAAAAAGUGGUUGACCUCCAAUUCCAAGGAACUCAGUGCUACUUUAAGUAAGCACAUUCUAGGAGAAAUACCUCAGUGACUACAUUACGUAUUUCUCACAAAGAACAAUACAAAACACUUUUGAAGUCGACAUCGAUCAAACAGUCGAGCGGAGGAAGUUAUUUAGUGCUUAUCAACUGAGGGCGUGCGCCAGACAUUGUUGAACAAUCGGAGUAUGUAAAUGUCUCCACCGUUAGCACAGAACGUCUCGCGUGACGUGGAUUCUCAGAAGAUAUUGUGUCAGCGCUGGCGUACAUACAUGAGAGAAACAAUUAAUUAAACGGGAAGGAGAAAUGUCGAUCUUGUGAAUAGUCUGCUUGCCAGAGCAACUUAAAGUAAGCUGGAGGAACAGUUCGAUUUGACCUGAACUUCGGCUUGCGAGCCUGCCAUGAUCAUCAGGACGGAGUCGCUUAGGCGGUGGGUCGCGGCAGGUUCGUCGCCCGUCGACUGGUGCGAGGAGAACUACACUGUUAGCAGCUACAUCGCUGAGUUCACCAACACCAUAUCCAACACGCCUUUCUUCACCAUCCCAGUGCUUUGUAUCAUCAGUGGAGUGUGGAGAAGCUAUGCUCGUUAUGCAUCACUUGGUGCUUACGUUCAGUUCUUUUUGAUUUUCAUGGUUGGCGUUUCAAGCGCUUACUUUCAUGCAUCGCUGUCGUUCCUUGGGCAGAUGAUGGAUGAGCUUGGCAUCCUAUGGCUAUUGUGUUUUUCGUACAGUUUUUUCGUACCCAACAGAUAUCGCCCAAAGAUUUUCAUGGGUUCUCAAUCUCAUGUGAUUGCCUUGUUCGUUGCUAGUGUAUUAACAAUUGCCGGAUUUGCUGCUCCGCAGCUGAACGCAUAUGCUCUGUUCAUCAUAGGAACUCCAGUCCUGGUGAUGAAGGUGUGCGAGCUCACCCUGUACAGAGACCCCGUAACCGCGAAAAUGACACAAGUUGCACUGGGGUGCAGUCUGUUGGGAAUAUGCGUGUGGGUGGCCGACAAAGUAAUGUGUAGCUUUUGGAUUUCAUUGAAGAUUCCAGGAUUGCACAAUAUUUGGCACAUUCUCAUGUCUGUUUCUUUUUACUUGGACUUGUGUUUGUUUGCGUACUGGAGGUCAUCUUCUGACAUUCCCACCUGCAAGCCCACCAUGAGGUACUGGCCUGGCACGACUGUCGGUAUUCCGUACGUGCACUGCAGAAGAAGCGAACCAAAGUGACGAGACACGAAGAAUAAUUUUAACAGGUCGCAUCAGCCAGCCCAUGUGAGGGCAAAGCGUUACAUAGACAAAUAAUAUGUGUGGUGAGCACUGGGCUACGCUCAAUGAAGAAGGUUGUGUCAGGUUAAGGUCUGUAUCUUGAGAGUUCAAAUGAAACGUAAAACAAAAGAACUGUGAUCUCUGGAUCAUUCUUGUUAACGAAAAAAUAGUUGACACUGAAAAAUCACAUAGGAGAAGGUGUCAAAAUCGCAGUUAUUUCCUCACUAGCACUAGGUUGUGAAGAGCCUAUCACCAACACGAGAGGAGGGAGGGUUACCCCAUUCUGAACACUGCACUAUAAAUGUAAGAUCUUUUGCGUACGUUAGGACAAAACAAGAAAUACGCAGAUUUACAAAUAAUUCAUGUUAUACUAUUAUUACGUCCUGGUCAUAUUGCAUGACAUACUGUGCUUAAAACAUCAUAAAUUUAGCAGGUCAUUCAUCAUGGCUUCAAGAGAAGCCAAUCAUAACGAUGGCGAAGAAUAAUUUUAAGUCCACAAACGGCGAUCACGCAACUUGAACCAUGUUCAGAAGUAAAACUCUAAGCAAAUGAACUAACUGUUGUAAGCACAGGAUGUUCACUACUUUUGCAUGCACAGCGAUCGAUUCACGUCCUUACUCGUCGUUUAAACCCUCUACCGCCUGACGUGAGUAACCGGAGCAAUAUUGUCACAAGCCUA